AUGCGAGCAUGGUACAAGGCGCUGAGCAACAAGUACCCUCGGUUGGUGGCAGGAGUCACGGCAACAACGGUCUUAACUUCAGCUGACAUUACAUGUCAGAUCUUUCUGCAGCCGCCAGAAGAGUCCACGGGGUACGACUGGUCCCGAACUGCGGGCCUGGCAACGUUCGGUCUAGUGUACUAUGGAGGACCGUGCAAGAGCUUGUACCUGCACUUCGACAAAGUGAUGGGCACCACGCCGACAGCGCGCACGGUGGCGAUUCAGACCUUCGUCGACUGCUACAUCCACACGCCGCUGGCACUUAUUCCUGCAUUCUACUACAUCACGAACGGUGUCAAGGGCAAGAGCGUCGCCGAAACAACGGUUCAGCUGCGUCGGGAGUGGUUCACCGCGUCCUUUGGGUCGGUGCUAUUCUGGACGCCUGUUCAAGUGGUGAACUUUUGGGUCGUCCCCCAGCACUCGAAGAUCCUCUUUGUCGCGUGUUUUUCCUUCAUGCACAAGACAUGGCUAUCCUGGCUUGCAAACCGCCACGAUCGUGAACAGCGCCGCCAUCUUGUCCAACCUGAUGCGGCGGCCGCUGUCGAUGAUUCAACCUGA